AUGGCAGUUCCUCCCUGGCAGCGUGGCUGGUUCCACACAGCCUUCGACAAGCCUGAGAGGGGGUCUGACCUGUUUUCCGGCUCCAAAAUGCCAUGCCCUGGGUCCAGUGUGCUGGCGCUUGGGGAUGGAGACCAAGCACUGUGCCUCGUAGAGCCCGGCUUCCCUCCAGCAGCGCCUGAUUGUCAGCUGGCCGCCGGCACCUGUGAGAUUGUGACCCUGGACCGGGACAGCAGCCAGCCUCGGAGGACGAUCGCCCGGCAGACCGCCCGCUGUGCGUGUAGAAAGGGGCAGAUCGCCGGCACCACGAGAGCCCGGCCCGCCUGUGUGGACGCAAGAAUUAUCAAGACCAAGCAGUGGUGUGACAUGCUUCCGUGUCUGGAGGGGGAAGGCUGCGACUUGCUAAUCAACCGGUCAGGCUGGACGUGCACGCAGCCCGGCGGGAGGAUAAAGACCACUACGGUACGUGGCCCUUGGCUUUCUCGUGUGUGUGCUGGGGAGGGGGCAUGUGCAGGCCUCCGAGGCCACCCUGGCUCCGAGGGGACGGGUGGCAGCUGCUCACCUUGUCCUCGUGCAGAGAAGCCAGGACCCCACCUCCCUCUCUGGGGCUGAAUUCCUGACCAUCUGUCCUGGGGCGGAGGGUUCAUGAGUACAUGGGGGCUGAGAGCUGGAUAAAGAACCACCUGCAAGGCUGGUCAGCCCAGAAGUCAGAUCACAGACCAGGCCCCGAAAUCCGUUGGUUAGAGCCAUCUUGUUUCCGGGACUGAUGUGCCCGUGACUCCCGGUUGGAGGAGGCGUCCGCCCCUCCUGAGGAUGAACUUCUGAUAACUCCCCCAGGGAACAGGGAGCUUCUGCAGAGACGGAGCCGGGUGCGGGUUCCGUCCAGGUGUGCUCCUUCCAUCCCUGGGCCUGGCCUAGUGGCUGCUCACACCAGAGACCCGGAGGG